AUGGUGAAUAUUGAUAAAAUAAAAGAGACUUAUCCGCUGCACUGGCUCGUAUGGAACAAUGAUUACAAUGAGCUUGAUAGACUUCUGUCAACUAAUCAGCAUGACAAAGAGAAGCAUGACAAUAGAGGCAGAUCACCUUUGAUGCUGGCGGUAACGUUGGGAUACAAGGAGUCUGUUGAAGUUUUGUUGAAUCACGAGGCCAAUGUUUACACUGAAAACACUCAAGGAUGGAGCGUGGUACAAGAAGCGACGGGCACGGGCAACCCAGAAAUUUUGCAGAUGGUCCUGGCACGGAGAGACUACCAAAGAUAUUGCAACCGGAUUGAUGGAAUCCCGGAGUUACUUCAUAAGCUAAAACAGGCCCCGGAUUUUUACGUUGAAAUGAAGUGGGAAUUUACUAGCUGGGUGGGAUUUCUUGUCCCUCUGGCAUCACGUAUGUGUCCAAGUGAUACAUACAAAGUAUACAAACAAGGCAGCAACGUAAGAAUAGACACAACAUUACUCGGUUUCGAUCACGCGAAUUGGCAGCGUGGUAAUCUGAGUUACGUCUUCAAGGGUCAGAAAGACGUACCAAGUGCACCUGUGACUAUUAGGUGCGACCGGAGUUAUGUCUUCCGCAUGGUUGGAGAUACACCAGAUGACGGUGCUACAAUGAUGGAAGUGGAUCACGAAACUCGGAAAGUUUACGUAGAACACAUGAAGCUGAUAGACGACGACAAUGUCCAGCUGAUGGCGCCCUCGGAAGAGGGCAUAAUGGCCCGCCUGACCAACCCAAUAGUAACGACCUACGUCGACACCGAUAAAAUAAGUUUCGAAAGGAACAAAGCCGGCAUAUGGGGCUGGAGGUCAGACAAGAGCGAAGUGGUAAAUGGCCACGAGUGCAAAGUCUUCAGUGCCAGUAAUGUUGAACUGAUCAGUAAAACACGUCUUGAACAUUUAUCUGAAGCCGAUAAAGUACGAUCUCAUGCGCCUCGUACUCCUCUUCAAUCAUUCCUUGGUAUUGCUGAACAACAGCAGGAAGAAAAUGGUGGUGCUACGUGUAGUGAAGAAUUUAUUAAUGUAGGAAACCCUUCAAAUAUAACUCCCGAAGAAUAUUUUGACCCUGAAGUUGAUUUAAAUGGCCGAGAUAUCGGGAGACCUAAAGAAGUAACUACAAAAAUUCAAAAAUUCAGAGCGACUUUGUGGUUGUCUGAAGAAUAUCCACUAAAAGUGCCGCAUGUAAAAAGAAUCCAAGAGGGUCCCCGAACGACGUGCAUUGUUGAUGAUAUUUGCUUCGAAGCACCAGCUGGGUACGUCAAACUCGGUGCGCUCGAUCGCACGCAGUUCAGUAUUGAGGAAGAAGACGAUUUACUCCAGUUUGCUAUCCAGCAAAGUUUGCUCGAGGCAGGCAGUGAAAGGGACGAGGUGGAUAUUUGGGAAGCUUUGAGAGCCCAAAAGCCCUCGAGACCCACCACUCCGAACAUGUUGCCCGAAGAAGAGCGACAACUUCAAAGUUCGAGAUCAAACGUCCUGGAAGACCAGCGAGACCACGAUCUGAUUCCAGACACUGCUGAGCAAUUAAAGCUCGCACUGAGGCUCUCUGAGCAGCAGCAGCUGGAGGACGAGCAAAGACGGCUGCUCGAAGAAGAAACCUUUCGUCAGGUGCUUGAGCUUUCGCUUACUGAAAAGUGA